UUUCCCUGGGGGGAAUAAAGUUUUAGGGAAAUACAAAUCUUUUACGGUUUUGAAAAGUUUGUCUGUGACACGCGUGGACGUCACGCGGUGUGUUUUCAUUAUCCUCGCAGCUCAAACGCCUUUGUGCUUCCAUGUUAUUGGUUCUGUACAAUAAUCCUUCUGACAACAUGACGAGUAAAUUGGACUGUCCUUUUCAAACACAAUGAGCCACUGUCGUGUUUAUCGACAAAUAUUUAAUUUUCAGAGAGGAAUUGAGGAUUUUGAUAAAGAAGCUGGAUUUGGCAGGUGGGGAGGAUGAGCUCAAGCAAUGGCACAAGAAGAAAGGUCCGACAGCAGCAGGUCUUCUGCAGCUUGGUGCCGUCCGAUCCUGAAACGCAGGCAGAGAUCCAGGAUCUCUUUAACAAAGUAAAAACCUUUAUGAAGCCGCUGGGUGAGGAAUGGCGCAUCCCCGACCCCAAUGUUGCUCUCAAACACCCAGCAGAGGACCACCGACACCUGCAGGAGCUCAAGGCGUCUCUGAAUGCCGUGAAGAACCAGCUCAGUGACAAGAACAUACAGGUGUGGCACCAACACACCAACUCCACCAACCGAGCUGGGAAGGUGAUCGCUGCUGUUCGCUCGGCUGCCAACGCGGAGAUCUGCACUCAGGCCUGGUGCAAGUUCUACGAGAUCCUGGGGACCUUUGACCUUCUGCCAGAGGAGGCGCUUCAAACCGGGGAGCUGAACUCCGUCCAUCUCUGUGAAGCUCCAGGAGCCUUCAUCACCGCUCUCAAUCACUACAUGAAAACGAACGAGUCCACCCGCUACUGCGACUGGGCCUGGGUCGCCAACACCCUCAACCCGUACCACGAGGCCAACGGAGGGAGCACGACCAUCGCAGACGACCGGCUGAUCGCCAACACGCUGCCGUGGUGGUUCUUUGGCUCCGACAACACGGGGAACAUCAUGCUCCAGAAGCACCUGCUGGAUCUGCAAGUGUUUGUGUCCAACAUGCGGCGGGUCGACGUGGUGACGGCCGACGGAAGCUUUGACUGUCAGGAGAAUCCGGACGAGCAGGAGGCGCUGGUGGCGUCGCUGCAUUACUGCGAGGCCGCUGCGGCGCUGCUCCUCCUGAGCCCCGGUGGCUCCUUCGUCCUGAAGAUGUUCACGCUGUAUGAACACUCCUCUGUGUGCUUGCUCUUCCUGCUGAACUGCUGCUUCCGCUCCGUCAGCGUCUUCAAACCCGCCACCAGCAAAGCGGGGAACUCCGAGGUUUACGUCGUGUGUUUGAACUACGAGAGCAAGGAGGAGGUGAGGCCUCUGCUCUCCAAACUGAUCCGAAAUUAUGGCCCAAGUCUAGCUGACCGAGAAGCGCUGUUCCCCAGCUCGGUUAUCCCAGAGACGUUUCUGAAGCAGCAUGAGGAGUUCUGCUCCUACUUCCACACCCUGCAGGUGGAGACCAUCGGUGAAAACCUGCGGCUGUUUGAAGGGAUGAGCACAGAGCGGAGGCAGCGGCUUGACCACAUCAGAGACUGUGUUGUGCAUGAAUACCUGCAGCGCUUCCAGGUGAGCUUUCUUCCCAGAAGCCGGUGGAUUUCCAGGAACACGGUGAGUCCCGCCUGCUGCAGCGUGUCGGCAGGCCGACCUCUGGGCCAGAAGAAGCAAACAGGCUCCUUCAACGAGCGCAGGGAGCUGCAGAACCUGAGCUGGAGGGAGCGAAUUGGGCGGAGCUGCCAGGCUGCGCUGAUACAGAGUCACUGCACUGAGGACAGAGGGCUGGGCUGCGUGUUAGAAGGACCACGCUCCAGCUGCUUUGUAGAUUCAUGGUACGUUGUAACUGGAGCUGCACUGCCUGCAGUCAGAAACUCUCCAUUCUGUGACUCAGCGCUGUUGACCCACCUGAAUGAAGCCCUACAGGAAGCAGCAGUGGACUGGACUCUAGUGACCCCCUGCCGCUCCUGCCAUGUGGCUUGCACUGCCUCCAUUUUGUCUGACGCUGCAGGUCUUGAGGGGAGCAAAGAGAAGAGGCGGUGUCUGGUGUUCGACAGCCAUGCAACGUGGGCUGCUGCUGCUGAGAGCCAAGUAGACGAUUUAGUGCUGACGUUGAGUGAAGAGCCUUCGUUUCCUCAGAGAGGCUGCAUCCUGCUGCACGACGGCGAACCUCUGUACCAGCAGCAGCUGCUGGGAUGUGUCCUGCUUGCCCUGCAGACCCUGAGCGCCGGGGACGCCCUGCUGCUGCGGGUGUUCUCGGCCCUGACUCGAGUCACCGCUGCCGCUGUGUUCUGCCUCCACGCCUGUUUCCGCUCCAUCUCCUUCAGGUGUCCACCCCCGUCCGGCGGCGUCGGGGCCUUGCUGAUGUGCGUCGGCUUCUGCCCCGAAGCGGCCGCUCCGAUGCUCCCGGUUCUCAGUGACGUGCAGAGCAGCAUCCAGCAGCUGAUUGGAGGAGAAGGAGACAUGGGGGGGAACCAAACACACUCGGGUGACAGACAGGUGCUGCAGUUUGUUCCCAUGGAGGAGCUGCUGAAAGGAGGACUAACAGAGUUCCUCUGGACCAUGAACUCUGAAAUCACUCAGCAGAAGCUGCAUCUCCUGCUGCAGGAGGCAGCUUACUAAAUCUAAUGCUGCAGUGGAUUAUCACUCCAGAACAAUACGACAUUUAUUUUUCUAACACCAACAAACAGAAAAACAAAACUAAAGGAGCAGUCCACUAAGUAAAAGUAAAUUGUACUUCUUUAAUUUUCUAAAUCAAAAUUAUGUACAAAACACUGCAAAUACACAAAAUCAUACCAAGUAAUUUUGGUUUAGUUUCUCGUACAAAUGUUUCAGUACAAUUGAAAUCAGACAAAAUUUACUUAAGCAAUUUUUAAGUCAAUAAUUUGUUAAUAUUGAAGAAAAACUCUAGUUCCACUGGCAGAUUAUUUCAUAUUUUCCCAUACUGUAAGUGAAAUAAUCUGCUAGUGGAACUAUUACUUUUUCAUAAAUAUCACGAAAUUAUUGACUUAAAAGUUACUUGUUGUUAGUUUUGUCUUAUUUAUUUCUUAUUCUUAUAUUCCAGGUAUUUUCACUAGAAACCAGACUAAAACUACUUGGUAAGACUUUCUGUUUUUGCAGUGAAGGAAAUUAAUUUUCAGCAUUUUUUUUUUUUCAUUUUGAUGGCUAUGAACUAGAAAUAAAUACAAUAUUCAGUUUCUCAGAAAAUUUGAUUAUUACAUAAGAUCAAUUAAGAACAAUUAUUUUUAGUCCAUGAUGGCCUUCUUAAUUUUUGCUUUGCGCUGCGUUUGCUUGAGUUACUGCAUCAGUGUGGCGUGGCAUGGAGACGUUUAGACAAGGCUCUGCUGAAUAAGCAGAGUUUAAAUGGCGCCUUCAGCUUGUCUGCAUUGUUUCCUCCUGAAAAACCCCACGUUUUAUAUUAAUUUUAUUUGGGUUUUGGACAGACAGGGUGGCUGUUGAGAACAGUGUUUCCACAUUUAUUAAAGGACCAACACCAGCAGAGGACAUGGGUCCCAUAUUACUGGCUUUGCAAACUUUACACUGAACCAUGAGCAAAUUCUACAAUUUCUAAUCCUUGAUUUAUAAUUUGAAUGCAUAUUUAUUCUAAAAGAGGACUUUGGACCACUGAGUAAUAAUUCAGUUGUUUUACUCUUAAGUUAUAAUCUCUGGCUCUGCACUGGUUCAAUGUAACUGGUGCACUAGUUGAGAUUAAGCCCUAAAAAUACUGAUGAUUUAUAAAUCUCACAUAAUUUCUAGAAUGUUUUUUUUUCUUGACUUUCUUGUCAAGGAUGAAGUUAUGCCUUUUACAAGCACACUUUUUCCUUCCACUCAACUUUCUUGAGACGAGAUUGGGAAGUGUUUGACUCUUCCAGGACAGCAAUGUUGCUGCUGUAACUUAUCUAGGCCCACGCCAUUAAUCUGACUUGUAUCUUAGUUUAAAAUUUCAUUCAAACAUUUAAAAAAGGAUAGAAUCAACAAAAUCAGAUUUUUAGAAAAGCAGUUUUUGUUUCAUAAGCUCAGUUUUAAAGUGCUAAAAAUUAAUUCUUUCACCAAAGUUUGAGAUUUACUGCCAAACAAUCAUGAUGUCAAUAUUGACCUGAAUAAUCGUGAUUUUUAUUUUUACUUUAACACUCAACUAGCCUCACAUAGUGCUGAAACUGAAUUCAGUAUUUUCUUGCAGCAACCAAAUUUUUAAACUGUCAAUCUUGUUUGGAUGAAAGUUG